AUGACUCCGAAUAUUCAAACAUUUAUAAAUAGUUUUCAAAAUCGGCUGGAACCACCAGUUCGACAACAUCUGAAAAAUGUCUAUGGCACACUAAUGAUGACUUGUGCAUCUGCAUCAGCUGGGGUGUUUGUAGACAUGUACACAAGUUUCCAAGCUGGAUUUCUAUCUGCUAUUAUUGGAGCAGGUCUUAUGUUAAUGCUAAUUGCUACUCCAGACAAUGGAAAAAAUACAAAGUUACGCUUGGGAUAUUUACUAGGAUUUGGGUUAACAUCUGGCAUAGGUUUGGGCCCAUUAUUCGAGUAUGUUAGUUUUGUUGAACCAUCCUUAAUUAUGACUGCUUUGUUGGGUACCACUUUAGUGUUUGUAUGCUUCUCUGUUGCGGCUAUGCUUGCUGAACGUGGAAGUUGGCUGUUCCUUGGAGGCACCUUGAUGACAUUACUUACUUCAAUGUCUGUCAUGGCACUAGUGAAUAUAUUCACGCAGUCUUACUUCUUAUAUCAAGCUCACUUGUAUCUUGGAUUGGUCCUGAUGUGUGGAUUUGUGUUAUUUGACACACAAUUAAUAAUUGAGAAACGUCGCAUGGGUAACAAGGACUUUAUUCAACAUGCACUCGAAUUGUUCAUUGACUUCAUUGGAAUAUUUAGAAGACUGCUCAUCAUUUUAACUCAGAAGGAAGAACAAAAUCGUCGUCGCAAGCGUGACUAG